AACAACAGUGGCAUCCACAGCAUAGCUAUCAAUCCAAGUAAUACCCUGCUAGCAACAGGUGCGGACAACCCAAAUAACAUUGGCAUCUACCGGUUACCCACGUUUGAUCCUGUUUGCGUCGGACAAAAUUGCCAUACCGACUGGAUGUUCUCAGUAGUGUGGUUAGAUGAUCAAUACUUAGUUGCAGGUUCAAGAGAUUCUCAGAUUUCUGUCUGGUCCGUCAGCCAAGACCUGUGUGACCGGGUACAAGACAUCAACGAAACAACCCUAGUGCCAUCUUAUGAAUCCAUCUUCCCAGUCUUGCUACGCUCAAGCGAGAAAAGUGAAAAAGUACGAGCCUUGGAGUACAGCCAGCACACGAAGGAAUUAGCUUCAUUGUCGGCCAAUGGUUUUAUUCACCUUUGGGACUUGAGAGGAUUCCGUAAGCUGCAUUCCAGACGCUUGCCAUACUGCGAGGAGAAUGUGUGUAUCUCGUUGUCAGAAGACCACUCUCUUUAUGCAGUCGGCUCCCAGUCUCACGUAACUUUCCUGGACUCUAGGAAUGGUAGAUGUGUGGCAUCUGUGCAUUCAAAGGAGAGGGGCAGUGGUGUACGGUCAGUAAGCUUCAUGGACGGGGUCCUGACGGUCGGUACAGGUCAAGGGGCUCUCAUGUUCUUUGACCUGAGAGCUGGUCAUUUCAUCGAGAGUGACAUUGAUGGGAAAACAGUGCCUGUGAAGUUAUACACUGGAAAAGGGUAUCUGCAACGAGACUCCCUCUUCCACCAGUUCUUCAGUGAGUCAAGUCAUCCUAAUGCUGUGUACACCCACCGGUAUGACAAGUCUGGGACCAGGCUCUUUGUGGCCGGUGGUCCAUUGCCAUCUGGUCUUUCUGGGAACUAUGUGGGCCUGUGGCAGUAGAGGGCUUAUGUCAUUGUCAACCUGAAACUUUUCAUCAAUAAAGAAGGAAGUAGCAAUGAUUACCAGAUGGCUUCUGUAGCACCUUACCUGUUUUCGUCGUCAUCCUCUUGAAAGAUAUAUUCUCAGCGUUGGAACAUUGAAAGAUGUGUUUAUCACAAGGCAUUGAAAGGAAAUGAGUAAUAUUCUUCAUGCUCGGAUGUCACAAUCGAUCUUGAUGGCAAGGUUAUUUCUUUUCUUUUCAUUUGAGAUGAUUUAUUUUGUUCUUUAUAGCUUUGGAAUGUUAUGUCACCAUUUUAUGCCUGUUUAUAUGACAUAUAACUGAUUGCAGGUUUAUUAUUUACUGUAUCGUAUGCAAGGACAAAAACAUAAACCACCUUUUUUAACCAUCUUCUAUGAUCUGGUAUUAUCCAGGAUUGUACAGUAACCUACACUUCUUUGAACUUUUAAACCAGCAUUUGUAGAUAUGCAUAUGUCUGCUGUUAUCCAAGGUACAUUAAUGCAUUUGAGUAUUUUACAAGUGGGGUUGUUUAAUAAUUAGUGACAGUUUGUAUACCACCUCAUGUGAUUUAAUGAUUCUAAUCAUAAUAAAUUAACUUUUUUUAUUGCAUUAUGCGAAAGAAAACUAAUUUAUGGAGUCGUACCAUCACAUUUGUCAAAAUAAUUCAUAAACAACUUACCUGAGAAUAUCUAAAUUCAUCUCAACAUUUUCAACAAUUUAUAGAAGCCUUAACUGUUUGCAUUUAAGGUCAUUCACAAUUUCAGUUCAGAACUAGUGCUGAAAUUGAUGAUCUUUGAUCAGAAAACAUCAGAAUUGUUGUGACAAUGAUUGAUGAUUUAAUUUCAGGUUUAUCAAUAAACACCUCUUCACUUGAUUUAAGCCAAGUAUUAAUCAUCUACAUUUAAGUGUUGUUUUGAGGAGGUGGCAUAAUUUUUUGUUGGGGUAAUUUCUGAGAUUUGGGAUAGUUUUGAGGUUGAUUUUUUCUAUGCCUACUCUUUAAAAAAAAAAACUUAAUUUCUAUCAUAUUUUUUGUUGUUAUUUGUUUGAAUUGUUCUUCAGUUAAUAUUCUCUGAUAUUUAUUGUGUUACAUAUUUCUUGAUAUUAUUACAAAUUUUACAUACAUUUAAAUUCAAUAUUUUAACAUGAUACGUUGUUCUUGUAAAACUUUGUUAUUACAUUUACAUAUUUAUACAUAAAUGUUUUUGUUAAUCAAAUUCUUUAUUUUCUAUCCUUAUCUUACUUUUCAUCACCUAUUUCAGAAGGAUUUCAUAGAUAUAUAUAUAUAAACUGUCUACUAUUUAGCUGUAAUCUAUUUAUAGAAUCACUAACUCUUUUUAUUGUAGAGGACAUUUUUGUAGGCAGUUUAUGGCUCAUUCACAAUGUUGGAUAGCUUUGUAAUGAAGAGUAUAGCAACGGCCGCAUCUUCAGUCUCAUCAUCUUGCCUCCGUAUCAUUAACCUUUCUUGGUCAUGUGAUAUAUGCUAAUGUACAAAGGUGCCUAUUUGUCCCCUCUACAUGCUCAGUGUACUUGUUACCAUUGUUAUUAUGAGAAAAAACACAAUGUUGUACAGUUUAAGUUACACAUUUUGAUCAACAUGAACUGAUGAAUUCAACACAGCAUCAAUCAUGAUGAGCACGUUUGCAUUUAGAUUAUAUGGUUGCUUGGUUUGUAUUGCAAUUUUGUAACAUAUGUCACAACUUUUCAAAUACACAUAUAUGCAUACAAUACAUCAAAAAAAAAUUAUAAUGCUUUCCUCAACAUUCAUGCUGAUCAAGCUAGUUAUAAAUACCACGACUGCCCAAGGUCAUGACAGUACUUGUGCUUAAUACUCUACAAGUAGUGUAUGUACUUAUUACAGAGUGUUAAAGGCUCCUCUUUAAUAAUUGGUAGUAUCAUUUCUCUGAUGGCAUUUUCGAUAAAACACUUUAUGUGAGGAAUUGUGGCACUCACUGCAUUAAUAUUAUUUGAGUGAAAACACAUCUUCUUUUGUGAGUUCUCGUAAAAAAAACAUGCACAUGCUACUACAGAACUUUAAUCUUGGGCACUCAUUUUGAUCUACCGGUACAUGUCGUGUGUCACAACUCAUAAUGUACAUGGUGGAUGCUGGCAAAAGGUG